AUGAUUUUGAGUGAUAAAUUUAUUGAAGAAGUUCAAAUAUUAGAUGCAGUUGAUUUGAAUUCAUAUGAAAAAAUCAUAAAUUUCGCAAUAAGUUAUAUUGUUAAACAUGAUACUCAAACAACAUUAGCAGGUUUAGAUAGAAAUUAAUUAUAUUUACAGAGGUGCUUGAAAUUGAUGAGAAUGAAGCAGAUAAAUUCUUUAGAUUAGCAUUGAAAUUAGUGUCCUAUUUUGGAAAAUUCAAAUUUGGUGAUAGAUAGUUUAGACAAAAUGUAGAAUUUCUGAAAUUUAAGGAAGAUAGAAAAGCAUUGUUUUUACAAGUAAUGCAAUAAUAAGAUGAAUAUAGAAAUUAGAAGCAAAUUCAACUCAAUUGCAUAAAAGACUCAGUUUCAUUGAGUCAGAUGGUAUGCCAUAUUAUAAAAAUUUGGAAUGGAGAUAUGACAUUUAAGUGAUAUUUUAAUAAUAUUAAUUUAGAUAGCUUCUAGAGGAUAUGAAGAAGAAUUCAAACCUAGAAUAUUUAUGAAAUUUGAUUUGGAAUAUGAUAAUUCAAGAGAAUGUGGAAAAAUAGAAUAAGUAUUUUUAGAGACUGACUAUGCAAAUCUAAAAAACCUAUAAUAAGAGAUAAGCUAUUUAGUAUCACAAUUAGAGUCAGCUAGAUAAUAAAAAAUAAAGAAGUUAGGAUAGAUGUUAUGA